AUGCAGAACGCUCAACCAAACGGCUCGUCGUCAGCAAACAGGCAGCAGCACCCCAACUCACACCCUGCGCGACCCCCUCCACCAUCCACCGCCCAGCUGCAACACCGGCCCGCCGUCACCCAGCAGAACCCACAACAACAACAACAGCAUCAGCAGCAUCAGCAGCAAGGGUCGUCUUCUUUGUCCAGUGCUGUGUCUACUUCCGCCUCAGCUGCUGCAGGUGCGGCAACAACAGCGGCCGCUCCCAAGAAGCGGACGCACACCGGCGCACCAAAGAAGCAGAAAAUAAAAGGCAACAAGGCUGAAGGAGCCGAGAAGAAGCCUCAAUGCAAUGGAUUGGAGCCUUGUGUCUCCUGCAAGGCGGCCUCAAUACCGUGCAGAUAUGACUCGCUCAGCGUGUCUAAGAAGGCGGCCCACGACGCCUUUGUCCUCUUGAAGAAGCAGGAGCACACCCAGAAGCUCAAGAACGCCGACAUCAUCGUCGCCAGAAUGGGCCAGCUCGACAUUGCCGGCUCAAACAACAACUUUGGGCCCAUCCUAUCCCAGGUCAUCAACCUUCCCCGAUACGAGCCUCCCCCAUUUGACUUCCAGAGCGACAGCAACCGCAUCCAGUCAAUCGGGCACGCCGAAAAGACCAUCAUCGACUGCUACUUCAACCACUUCAACUACUACAUCCCUGUUCUCAACCGGAAGGCGUUCAUGGACCAAGUCUCGGAUCCCGUCCAGCUGCUUACGAUCGAGGUGCAGAAGCUUCUGACCUGUGUCUUGGCUACCGGCUUCGCGUUCCGACAUGAGAUAGGCGAUCAGGACGUGAUUGCCAAGAUGGAGCCCAAGUUCGGUGUCAGCAUGUGCAGAAAGUUCAACUACUUCAACACUCAGGACUUCCUCAACUCCUCCGUCACCAACUGUCAGUGCUAUCUUAUUCUGACAGGAUUCUAUUCAUCCGUCGCCAACUAUGACGCCGUCCAUAACCUCGUUGCCCUCUCGCAUUCGGCCUCCGCAGGUCUGGGAUUGAACCGCGUCAAGGGCUACUACUACCAAUACAAUGCGCACACCGCCGAAUCCACCGAACUCGGCCACCGCAUCUUUUGGUGCGUCGUGAUUGUCUGCUCCAGCUACUCCCUCAGCCAUCAGUCGCCCUUCAUCACCGCCAACGACUAUGACAUCCCUUUCCCUUCGAGGCAGGUUUCGGACCAGUGUCAUGAUUUCCGAGGUAGCCCACAGGACGACUAUGAAGGCAUCAAAGAUCUAGAGCAUUUUGUUCCUAUGUAUGAGAUCUGUUCCCGAGUCGCCGAUAUCACAUGCACAGCGACCCGUCAGCGCCCCCAUACAAAGGUCGACGAGGUCCGAGAGGCGAUGCAUGAGUGGCGCACCAAGACCCUGCCUACGUACCUCCGUGUCACGCCCACCGACAUGGACGCAAUGAGAAGCCAGUCAAGGUUCUCAAAGCUCUACCACGCCGUCGCCUACAUGUUCGAGAUCAGUCUGCACCAUACGUUCCAGCUUCAUGAAAGUCAUCGUGAGAUGGGAGUCCACGGUAUCUGGAGCUCGUACUGCUAUGACGCCGCCAUCGGAAUCAAGAACAUUUACAAUACCCGUCCAAUGACCCGCAUGAACGCCCACGUCAUCUUGCCCGUGGCCGCAGGAGCCUUUGCCAACAUUGUAGCCAGCAAGGUCCUUGGCAAGGAAGAGACCGCUCAACGGUACUGCGAUGAGAUCAAGCAGAUGCUCCACGACAUUGUUCGCGCAUCAUCCAGCAUGGAGCGUCCUCAGCUCCUCGGCUUUGUUGCCCACGGUUACGAAGGUGUAACCAAGCUCACAGCAGAGAAGGUGGAGCCCUUUAAGGUCGAUGCUCCAACAUCCCCACCAAGGAAUGAGCGAUCACCAGGGUUCACCUCUGAGAGUUCUCCUGGCGUGUCCACUGAUGUUACAGGGUACUCAGAGGGUGAGAGCUCGGGUGAGGAAGAAGAGGAGGAAGAACAGCAGCAGAGCGACUAUGAUGAUGAUGAUGGACAGGCGAGCGACCAAGACGAUGUGGAGACGCAGGAUAUGAGGAUGGCUGGUCAAUUCGUUCCUUCCAACAACCAGCAAGGAUUUACUCUUCAACAACAACAACAACAACAACAACUUCAGCAGCAACAGCAUGUGAACGCUCAGCAACAACAUCAACAUCCUCAACAGCGCCCACACCCAAGCAUGACAACACCUCGGACCAACUCCGCCUCUUCGUUCCAGGGCAAUGCUCGAUUCCCCCCACAGCAACAGCAGCACAACCAACAGUACCAGCAAUCCCAGCCUCAGUCUCCACACGAUGCGAGUGUGAAACGCAGCCAGUACCCUGUCGUCGAUGGCAACUAUAUGGCCUCUGGCUAUAACGACGUCGUCUCUCCAUUGGAUCAAACUUCUGCUCCCAUUGGAUCGAUCCCGAUGUCAGGAACGUCAGGAGCUUCUUUACAUCACAACAACGCGUCGUUCACUGGCCGUCCUCAUCUCCCACAUCGUGCCUCGGAUGCACCCCUCCCCAACUUUUCGACCGACGGUGGCAAGACCACAGCAGAUAGCGGAUUCGCCGGCAGCGGCUAUGCAGUUAGCGGGCCAGAUCAGGACACCUACUUUGCGCCCCUCACCAAUCACAACUCACGGCAUCGUCAUUUGUCUUCGUUCAGCAGUGGACAGCAGCAAUGGAACGACAAUCUGGCUUACCAAGCCAGCUCGACGACUGGCUUCCCUAAUGCUGGAGGUAUGGAGGAUCAAGAUGGCAGUGACCCGACCGCGAUCUACGAUCAGUUUGGAAACUGGAAGCAGGGUCUGAACGAUGCACAGCGGAGCAAGCUCGGAGAGUACGAGGCCCUUUUGAUCAACAACAAAUUUACUGAGCAGGAAGUGCAGAAUUUGGAGAUUGAGAUUCACCAGCAGCUCAUUGCGCUCGGAUCAGGCAUUCAUCUCUCGUCUUCCCAUGGAGGCGGCCUUGCCGACUAUGGCAACCAGGAGAUCUACUCCCAGUCUCAGUCUCAGUCCCAGUCGCAGGGCCAAUCUCAUGCUCAGAACCCACCGGCCAGGAUGACACUUCAGGAAUCGCAGCUCUUGUCUGGUGGUGGAUUUGAGGGCUUUGGAAUGGUCCCAGGACUCCCAGUCACGAUUGGCGACAUGACCUUCUCGGCAGAGGAUUUUGUUCAGGACGGCCACCCACCUUCGUACCCACCUUUGCUCAUCUCCUCGACGGCCUCGAUGACGAGCAAAUCCUUCUCAGAACCCUCUGACUUGGCAUCCCCUCUCUCGGCUGGCUCAAAUCCUCAUCACCAACUGUUGUCCAACUAUGCCCCGGUCGACCACCCUUUCACUACAUCGACAAAGCAGCAUGGAGUCUUGACGCCGAUGAACGCCGCCAUGGCAUUCGCGGGCGGGAACGACUUUGGUGGACAGGAGUUGCUGAUGUAUAGCACUCUUGCUGCCGGUGGCGGCGGCGGCAGUGGAGGACAUGACGGGUCCACUGUUCUGGCGGUUGGACCUGGUUAUGGACCCAUGGACACGACGAGUCAAAGCACUAUGUUGUUUGGUGGAAUCGGAGGAGGACACGGCGGUGCUACAGCUUCUGCUACAUCUACCUUUGUGAGUGGAGGAGGUGCAGGUGGACGCGAGAGUCUUAUGGAUUACAUGAAUGACCCGGACAUCAUGCUCAAGGGUCAAAUCUUCUCUCAGGUCACUAGCAACAGUCUUCAACAGCAACAGCAACAACAGCAACAGCAACAGUCACAUCAGGACUCAAAUCGACGCCCAGUUGUGUAUCAUCAACAAUCGCGUUAA